AAUAGCAAAUGAAGCAGAAGAUGAAGUUGAAUCGCAGAUGAAGGUGGUAAUGGACGAACAACAUGACAGACUCCAUCAAAAGGAAGCCCUCGAGAGUCUUUUUGAGAUCUUACAACGAGGUAUUGAAAAUGUUGAUUCCCUCAAGGAUGAGCUCAUCAAGCACACUCAGAAUAACACUUCGCAAGCUGGAAAUUCCUCACUUAGUGAUUCAAGUUCACCACGAUUGCAUGCUUCGACCCUUGAGAACGAUAUGGUGGGGUACAACAUUGAACAAGAAAAGUUGCUGAGUCAACUCACGAGUGGCUCGCCUGAACUGGAAGUCAUCUCUGUUACUGGUAUGGGCGGCAUUGGUAAGUCUACUUUUGCCAAAAACUUGUUUUCUCAUCCCUCGAUUUUGAGCUUCUUUGACAUCCGUGGAUGGAUUACCGUAUCUGAGAACUACAGUUAUAGAAAUAUGCUUUUAGGCCUCCUAAUAGAUGCUAAUCUUGGGAAGGAACAAGACCUUGAUAAGAAAAGCGAUUCAGAUUUAGCCGUUUGCUUGAAACAAAGUUUAAUGGGUCGAAGGUAUUUGAUUGUUGUGGAUGACAUAUGGAGCAAAAACGCUUGGGAUGAGAUUAGACUGUGUCUUCCAGAUGAUGGUAAAAGAAGUCGGGUACUGUUGACUACCCGAGACAUUGAGGUUGCUCAAUAUGCUAGCUCUCCGAAGGCUCCUUUCAGGAUGCAUUUACUAGGCCCUGAUGACAGUUGGAGUUUGUUUUACCAAAAAGCAUUUGCAGAAAAAGGUUUUCCCAUUGAAUUUGUGGAUGUCGGGAAGGACGUCGCAAAAAACUGCAAAGGAUUACCACUUAUGAUUGCCGUGGUUGCCAAGAUUCUGUCUAGCAAGAGGACAUUGGAAGAGUGGAGAAAAGUAGCUAAAAGUGUGAGCUCAUUAGCAGACGUUGAUGCUUAUAAACAAUGCUCAGGAGUGCUCGCUUUAAGCUACAGUCAUCUUCCUUCUUAUCUGAAAGGUUGCUUUCUGUAUUUUGGACUUUUUCCAAAAGCUAGUGAAAUUUCUAUGGAAAAGUUGAUUAGAUUAUGGAUUGCAGAAGGGCUCCUAAAGGUAAAAGGGAUGGAGGGGUUGGAAGGAGUGGCCGCUAGUCAUUUAAAUUAUCUUAUUGAUAAAAGUCUAGUUAUUGUUAGCAAGAGAAGUAUGGAUGGUAAAAUCAUUACAUGUUUGAUUCAUGAUCUUGUUCAUGAUUUCUGCUUGAAAGAAGCUGACAGCCAGAAUCUUCAAUAUAUUGUGAAUACCGAUAUUGAUGGACCUCUAUGGGUUAUUCCUGAAGGCUGCAGAUCGGUGUCACAACAAUCAUGGAGCUUUUAUUCUGGCCGUCGAUUCCCUGAUCUUGCUUAUAGCAAAUUACGUUCCUUUUCUGUCAAUUCUAAGACAUUAAUUGUUGAUGUAGAAAGGUGUCAUUUCAAACUUCUUAGGGUAUUGGACUUGGAGAAAAUAAAUAUCUUCAAUUUCCCCAUAGCUAUACAAGACCUAGUUCUUUUAAGGUAUUUGGCAUUGUGCAUUUCAAGAUGUGGAAAAUUUCCAAUUUCUAAACUUCUAAAUUUACAAACUCUCAUUGUUCUUUCGCCCCGAAUAUUCCGAAAAAAAGCUUAUUGUUCCUUACCAGAUGGAAUUUGGAAAUUGUCUCAGUUAAGGCAUCUCGAUUGUUGGUCUAUGUAUUUGGACUCUCCUGAGACGGUAUCAGAAAAUGAGGUGAAGAACUUGGUUUUGGAAAACAUACAAACUGUUUCUGAGUUGAUACCUUCUUGUUGCACAAGAAAAAUAUUUGAAGCAAUUAAGAAAGUUAAGAAAUUGGAAAUUGCUGGUACAACAGAGGAAUUUCAUGGCGAGACGGGAUGGGAAACUAAUCUUAAAUAUUUAAUAGAGCUCGAGGCACUAAAUGUUACAGUUCCGACUGAUUUUGUUUCCGACCGGCUGCCGUGUUUAAUAAAUCCAAGUCCAGGUUCUUUCCCUCAAAAUCUCAAGAAGUUGACACUUAGUGGUACUUGUAUUCCAUGGAAUUGCAUGAACAUAUUUAGCAAGUUGCCCAAUCUCGAGGUGCUUGAAUUGAAGGAUGAUGCCUUCUCAGGCGAUGAGUGGGAAAUAACAGAGAUGGGAUUCCCUAAAUUGAAGUGUUUACUCAUUGAGGAUCUGUAUCUUAGAUAUUGGAGAGCCACCGAUGAUUAUUUCCAAUCCCUUGAGCGUGUCUGCAUCAGAGAAUGCAAACUCUUACAAGAGAUCCCAGAAGGAUUUGCAGAUAGUGUGACGCUGCAGCUAAUUGAAUUACAUAAAUGUUGUCGUCCUCUUGUCACUUUUGCCAAGCAGAUCCAGGAAAACCAUGAGGAAAUGGGAAACAAUAUGCUUAAAGUUUAUGUCAUUGGUUCAAAUGAAGUUUGAGAGGAAGAUGCAUAAUUUGAGUUUUGCAGCUGACUGAUUUACACAAAUAUUGUCAUCCUCAGAUAUUUUUACAAGAUAUGACCAGUGUUGCCUGCUAUAUGCUUGUGUUCUCUUUCUUGUUUUUUCUUUUAGUUUUUCAUGUCAUUGUUCUAGAAAAAAUUGUGGUGAUUUGUAUUUCUCAAAACUUCUCAAGAUUGAAUAUUAAUGUGACUCUGUAAUAAUGCCUGGAGUUUUAUAUAGCCAAAUUCAGCUUGUUUGAAUGAGUA